UAAAACAGUCUAUGUACAUAUGUAUGUAUGGUAUGUAUCGUAUGUAUCGUAUAUGGGAUAAGAUAACUCAAACUGACAUUAAUAAGAGAUUUACUUGAUAUUUACGAUUGCCGAUCGCGCCGGAAUCGGAAAUUCGGAAAUUCGGAAUCAGCGCCAGAGCCAGAGGAAAUUCGGAAAUUCGGAAUCGGAAUCAGGACGCUGACAAGAUGUGUAAAAAUGUGUAAAAAAUAAAACAGUUGAGGUUAUGGCGCAAUAUAUGAAUUAACGAGUUAACAUUCAAGUGGAGAGAUGAAGCGACGUUCGCCUCGACAUUACCGCAAAAGCGAUAACUCAUCGGAAAGUCAUCGCGGAGAUGGCGACCAUUUCUAUUUCAGCAAAUGUAAACACGAAUUAAAUAAGACUUUCACAGCAAAUUUCAAUCUUGUUGACGACGUCGUAGACUUUUGGAAAUUCGUCGAGAAAUACGAGUCUGUGAAGAAGCGACUGGGCGACAAUGACGAGUCUGAUUCCGCUCUAAAUUCCAUCGGGCUCCCGGAAAAGUAUCACAAGUCCCAUUGUCUAAACUUGAAACUGAGUUUGUCCUACCGCGAAUUGUUUGCCAGAGUCCCAGAGACGAGAUCGUUGACCGAGUCGCGACUGCUCCAGUUCAGAGAUGUGAUACUCUUGUAUCUCGACUUUAAGCAAAAGGAGAAAUUUGCUAAAUUAAAAAAGCUCCGAGACACGCAGGCCAACUUACCGGUUGCGCGAUACAAGCAAGAGAUUGUCGAGAUGAUUAAGACUGAGAAAGUAAUGAUCGUGGCAGGCGAUACUGGUUGCGGCAAAUCUACUCAGAUCCCUCGCUACUUGUACGAAGCUGGUUUCCAAAAGAUUGCUUGCACCCAACCCCGAAGAAUAGCGUGCAUCUCGUUGGCAAAACGAGUUGCUUUUGAAACAUUGAGCGAGAAUCUUAGUAGAGUUGGCUAUCAGAUACGAUUCGAGAAACAGAGAAACCAAGAGACAAACAUCACGUUCAUAACAGAGGGCCUCUUGUUGCGCCAGCUGUCGGGUGAGUCAACUUUGUCCGCGUACAACGUCAUAGUCUUGGACGAAGUGCACGAACGUCAUCUGCACGGCGACUUUUUAUUGGGCAUUAUGAAAUGCAUCAUUAAUCAGAAACCCGACCUGAAAUUGCUACUAAUGUCCGCCACUAUUAAUAUACAACUUUUCAGUCAUUAUUUUGCUAAGGAAAAUGUUAAGAUAAUAGAGGUCCCCGGAAGAUUAUAUCCCAUUCAAUUGCUCUAUCGCCCUGUAACCGUACAGGACCUCCAAUACAAAAACGAUCGAUUCAAUCCUAGUCCUUAUGUGCAAAUAAUGCAAAUAAUUGAUGAAAAAUAUCCAGUCGAUGAGAAGGGUGAUUUGUUAAUAUUCUUGAGCGGGAUAAGCGAAAUUACCGCGGUCGUAGACGCUGCCAAAGAAUAUAGUCUCAAGAAGAAUAACUGGAUAGUCUUACCGCUCCACAGUACUCUCUCUAUCGUUGAACAAGACAAGGUAUUUGACUAUGCACCUGACGGUGUUAGGAAAUGUAUUGUCGCAACCAACAUCGCCGAAACUUCCAUUACCAUUGAUGGAAUCAGAUUUGUCGCUGAUAGUGGAAAGGUGAAGGAAAUGAGUUACGAUCCCUCGUGCAAGAUGCAAAAACUGAAAGAAUUUUGGAUAAGCAAGGCCAGUGCGGAACAGAGAAAAGGGAGAGCAGGCAGGACUGGACCUGGGGUUUGUUACAGAAUUUAUUCAGAGGAAGAGUACAAAAUGUUGGAGAAAUAUUCAACGCCAGAGCUACAACGUGUACCUUUAGAUUCUUCACUAUUGCAGAUGAUAGCGAUGGGACUUCCUGAUGCCCGAAAGUUUCCAUUUAUAGAACCACCAGCAGCCAAUAGCAUAGAAAAUGCUAUACUAUCCUUGAAAGAUCACGGUGCACUUAUGGAGAACGAAAAGAUUACGUGUGUCGGUAAAACCUUGGCACGGCUGCCCGUUGAUAUUACGAUAGGGAAGAUGUUAAUCAUGGGAUCCAUUUUUCAUCAGGUCGAACCCGUGUUGUCAUUGGCCGCUGCUCUAAGUAUACAAACGCCGUUCACCAACAGAGCUUACAGAGACGCCGAGUGUGAGACAUCUAGGAAGAAGUUGGAAUCUGAUCAUGGCGAUCCAAUAACGUUGUUGAAUACAUUCAAAGAGUGGCUGGAAGUAAAACAAGAAAACUCUCAAGAAUACAGAAGCAGUAGCAACAGCAGCAGAAGGUGGUGCAAAAGAAGAGGUUUGGAGGAACAACGGUUCUACGAAAUGACGAAAUUGAGGGCUCAAUUUAAAGACUUGCUCCAAGACUGCAAUUUGCUCAAGAGUCUCCCAGAACCAAAUUCUUCCAUGACGAGCGCAGAACGUGCGAUAAGGCAUGGAGAAUUGAAACUUUUGAAAACUCUCAAAAGAACUUACAAGCAAAGUGAACCUAAAAAGCGUAAACAAUUAAAAGUAGAAACGUUCGAUAUACAAUUGGAGGAUGACGAUAACGGGCAGCUCGACAUAAAAGAUAUAGAAUUUCGAAUGAGAAACGACUCUAGUCAGGUGCAAAAUCUUUUAACAGCGUCUACCGCGUGUAGCUAUAAAGAUCUGACAAUGUUGAAGUUGAUAUUAUGUAGCGGUUUAUAUCCACAAUUUGCUUGUGCCGACGAGUUUAAUUAUUGCAAGUCUAUGAGUGAGCAACUCUUUCACACGAAAGCAAAACCGUACGUUGCUUUGCAUCCAAUGAGCUUUUUUGGAAAUCAUCCACAAGUUUUACAAAUCGAAGAAGCGGAUGUUAUGCCAGUGCCAGGAUUUAAGAACAAGACUCCUAUAAGCUCGAAACAUCAGAUAUUGGCGUAUCUAUCCCUUUUGGAAACUACAAAACCGUAUCUGGUAAAUACUUUAAGAAUGCCUGCUGCCCAAACGUUGCUAUUAUUUGCGCAUGAAAUAGACACAAAUAGCACAUUCUCCAUAAUAGCAUGCGAUUCGUGGCUCAUGUUGGAAUUUCCUGUUGCUGACAGUGGUCAAAUCUUAUUGAUGAAAGCUACCAAAUUAAGAAAUAAGUGGGAUUUCUUAUUAAAUCAGCAAUUGCAAGGUUCCGACAGUGCCAAUGACGAGAGAAAAGAUUUUAGUACAGUCGAACAAAGUCUUACGCAAGAACUGAUCGAAUAUAUGCAUACUACGAUACCAUACACCAUAAGACGGCUGUUACCAGCCGAUCUGAAAAUGAUAUAUGUCGGUAAUGGCAAUAAUGACACGCAUAUAGAGCCUAAUCCUUUCCAUCCCACUUUUACAAGUAUACCAAAUGUAAUUAAAGGUGGGGCUUAUGUCACAGAUAAUAUUACAUAUAAUUGCAUAAAAGAAACUAGUUGGAGCGAACAGUUGAUUGUAGAAAUGCAAGAAACCGAAUGGCAUUGUGAAAAUUGUAAUCUUGAAGCAAUUCUAUCGAGCAUCGAGAAACUUCAGCAUCAGAACUCUUGCGUAAUCGCGGAUCCGAUUAGUGUCGGUGAAAAGAGUAAACAUAUUACACGUAAAGCUAAUAGUCAAGCAUACGAGUGUCCAGAUUGUUCGUUAACGUUAUAUCUCACGCCUAUCGAAAUAUUGAAGCAUAAAAAGUUACAUGUCAAAGCCAGCUAAAAGCAAUCUGUCGAUUGUAUAUAAAUGGAACGUACAGUCAUUGGAAGUGUAUAUCGUUUUUGAGAUAAGAAAAAUACUUUCCACUUGGAGCACAUAUUUUCGUUACUCUCGUAUUGUAAAUUGAUACGGUC